AUGGCAAGUAACCACACCCGUUUCCAACACCUUUACUUUGUCUUGACUGGGAUUCCAGGGCUUGAGGAAAAGUAUUACUGGAUGGCAUUUCCUCUGGGUGCUAUUUAUGUCGUUGCUCUCUUUGGCAAUGGCAUCAUUAUCUCUACCAUCAAGUCUGAAUCGUCCUUACACAUCCCCAUGUACUACUUUCUGUGCAUGCUGGCAUUUGCAGACAUGGGACUUGCCCUUUGCACUCUGCCCUCUAUGUUAGGCAUAUUCUGGUUCAACUACAAGUUCAUUGCCUUUGAUGCCUGCCUUGUUCAGAUGUACUUCAUCCACACCUUCUCAGCCAUUGAGUCAGGUGUGCUGGUGGCCAUGGCCAUCGACCGUGUAGUGGCAAUCUGGAAUCCCCUGAGGUACAGCACUAUCCUAACCAACGAGGUAGUCUGCAAAGCAGGGAUAGUUAUCUUGUCAAGGGCAGUGUGUGUGGUCUUCCCUGUGCCUUUCCUUAUCAAACGGCUCCCCUUCUACCGCUCCAACAUCCUCUCCCACUCCUUCUGCCUCCACCAAGAUGUCAUGCGCCUUGCUUGUGCCAGCACCCGUGUCAACAGUCUCUACGGCCUCAUCGCUGUCAUCUUCACCAAGGGCUCAGACUCGCUCUCCAUCCUCUUGUCCUAUGUGUUCAUACUGAGAACAGUGAUGGCCAUCGCCUCUGGGGAGGGCCGGCUGAAGGCGCUGAACACCUGUGUUUCCCACAUCUGUGCUGUACUCAUCUUCUACGUGCCACUGAUCGGAGUGUCUGUCAUCCAUCGCUUUGGAAAGCACCUGUCCCCUCUGACGCAUGCCCUUAUGGCGAACGCCUACCUUCUUGUACCCCCAGUGCUAAACCCCAUAGUUUAUACUGUGAAGACUAAGGAGAUACGAAAGAAGAUUGUCCAGAUGUUUGUUCCAAACAAAAUUUCUGCAGAAGGGUAG